CAGCCGUCUGCGCAGUGCCUCGCCGCGUCACCGUCCAUCUAUUACGAACUUUUUUCACACCACCUCCGAAGCAAAGACAUUCAAAAUAAUAAAAAAACUCGUGAAAGUGUCAAAGUGUAAAGUUCCCGUGUGUUAAUGUUAAAAGCUAGUGACGAGUUGCAGUAAAAGUUCGAAUUGUUGGAUGUACUGAAUUUUUCAAGAAUAUUUUGUGCUUUUUUUAUUUUUGUUUUGGGGGCAGUGAUGUACAUUGAUAACUAUAUACAUUGACGUUGUAACGUUUGUUAUACAAGUUUAAUGGUAUGCCACAAACACUAGUGAUGUGACGUACAUAAUGUCUGAACGCGUCACAGUGACGCCCGCGCGGACUUUUAAGAACCAAUAGUGAAGUGCGUGUACCGAUAGAUUGUAAUCGAUACGUUAAUCGAUCGUGUUGUGAGAAUCGAUCCCGAAUGAACACCCUGAUGCUCACAACCGGCGGAGCGGUGGACGAUCAACCCUGUGACAACAAUAUGGCGUUCUCCUCUUACAAUAUAAUGGAUACCGGAGGAGCGGGCAUAGCAGAAUCCCCCCCUACUUACCACCGUACUUACGAACAAUAUGUGCAAGGCGCCGUCGAGAACAGUACCGACUCUGUGCAAGAACAAACCAGCCCUGAACUUGUUGUAUGGCAUACUCUACCUUACGGCUUAGAAUAUAGAGGUCAAUAUGAUUACCGAAGCCCUUACGAUACUGGUCGAGAUUAUUCUACGCAGCAAUACGCUAGAGCCCCAUUUACCACGAAAAUGGGUCAGGCUAAAGCAUUAAAGGAGGCUAGGAUAAGGAGGCCGAUGAACGCUUUCAUGGUAUGGGCGAAGGUCGAGAGGAAGAAGCUGGCUGAUGAGAAUCCGGACCUGCAUAACGCCGAUUUGAGUAAAAUGCUAGGUAAAAAGUGGCGUUCGCUGACUCCGCAAGACAGGCGGCCGUUCGUGGAGGAAGCGGAGCGGCUGCGGGUCAUCCACAUGACGGAGCACCCCAAUUACAAGUACCGGCCGCGGCGGCGGAAGCAGAACAAGACGCGGCCCAACCAGCCAAGCCAGGGAGCCAGCGCGCCUCCCGCCGCCGCCGCGCUCGGCUCGCCCUACGCCGCCGGCACCGACUCGCCCGACGCGCGCUUCAGCCACAACCCCGGCGCCGGCUUCUCGCCUUACCGCACCUCGCCCCUCGCCUCCGAUUUCCAAAAUAACCAACAAUUCAACGGACACGUUCAGACUCCGGAAUCCUCUCCCGCGAGGUCUCCUGAACCUCAGGGACGAAGGAGCGCCCCUGCUGAAGCUCCUCUGCCUACACCUGACGCAUCUCCUGUAGAAAAUGAAAAGGAAAACUUCCAGUAUGAAGAGAGGAGGCGAGCGAUCAACGCCUCCUCGAUGUCAGACUCGUACUCACCAUACAAAACUUAUAGGACGCCAGGAUCGUUCUCGCCGGCGCCCGUCGCCGCCAUGGGCAUGGCUAACGGGAUGUACGUCAUGUGCACGCAGAGGACUCUGACUGAGCAACCACCGCUGGUAACAGGGACGUUCUUCCCGCCCGUUGCCACCUCGCAGGACCAACAAGCUCUCGGCACUUCCACGCCAAGAGUCUCCAACGCCCCCAGUGGCCCGAUGCCCACGGAAUAUACUAUUCAAUAUCAUCCUUUCGAGCAAUACGAACAGAUGUAUAAAACUGAGGACUCGUACGUGUCUCAUUAUCCUGACCAGCCUAAAACCGAGUACGACACGGGUGGCAGUUACUUCUCUGAGGAACCGCCGUCGAACCAGCAGCAAGAAGGAGAACAAAACUUCAUGAACCAACGCUCGGAGAUCAGGACGGGCUCGCCCGAGUCUGACGUGGAUGCUCGGGAGUUUGAUAAAUACUUGGACUACGGGGCUGAGGGGCCGAUGGAGCAGCAUCAGCAGCAGCAACAGUACCGGUAUGAGCAGCAGCAGAACUACAGGCCUCCGUACUGCCCGGACCAGGCGCCUGGUCCUGACUACUGCCCCGAGAGGAUGUAUGCCUCUCCUUACGCGUCCGUGAUCGCGGGAGCACCGCCCGCUAACUACGCGCCCAGCGCCGCCGGGUCUGACGUCAGACCCGAGGACGAGUUCAGCGUCAUCCUGGCCGGGGUGCGGCAGACUUGCUACAGCAAUUGACUAGACAGGACUGAUACGGGGUAGCAAAUGGACUCUUCCUAAACUAUAGCCCAAAGAGUUGACUCCCUUCCAAAUGUUACGGAUUCUACGAUGACAAAGUUUCUACUGCGGAUAUAGUGAUAUUGUUAGAAAUUGUUCUACUAAAAUAAGACACAAAAUGUAUGUUUUACAUUAGACAUUGACAUAAAUUAUACCGCGACGACAAAGUGAUGUAACUCAGAUUUAAAUAUAUUUUUAACUAGCUCGCGACUUAGCGCUUUUUGUAAUUUGUGUAAAACUUUUCAAUUAUUUAUUACCCUGUGAAUAAAUUAAAAAGGAGAGUAACAUAUUUUAAGUGAAUUUAUACGAUUUUAGGACAAUAAAAAAUGUUAUGAUUAAUUAUAAAAGCGAUACGGCUUGUACUCACGUGUUAUGUUCCAAAUUGUUUCUGCCUUGACUUGUAUUAAGAGAAGUUAGCGGCAGUAAUGUGUCUCAGCGACUGUUAUCUAGUAAGUCGAAACUAUAUAAAAUAAAUAAUUAUAAUGUUAAUAUGAAUUGGUGCUAUGUGAAGAGGUCCUAAAAUAUUUUUUGUACGUCCAAAUCCGUAUACCAUAGAGGUAGCGAAUAAUUGCGAUUCCUAUGUAAAAGAUUAUUUAUUUGUAACUAUUUUUGUAUAUUUCGUAGAUAAAAACUAAAACGAGCGUCGAAUUAAAUGAAAUAUAGUUCUUCCAAUAAGUCUGUAGAUAUAUAAUUUAAGUCCUAUUUUUAUAUCGUUUUAAAAUUAUAGAACUACUGUUUUUCUGUAUAAACUGUUAGAAUAUUUUUAAUAAAGAAAUAUCUCAUAGGUUAUAAUUAUUUGUACUAAAACUAUAACUAGUUAAAUUGUUUUUAGUUUACUGCAAUUCUUUAGUUUAGUAAUGAAACACUCGCACUGCGAAACUAAGUUCUUCCUAAUUGUAAGAAAAUUUAUAAGGAACAAUAAAAUUUUAUUCAUAUGCA